AUGAGCGAUGAUAGCUGGGACGACGAUGACCGCCGUCACGACUCUCGCCGAAAGACGAAAGAGCGAAGAGUGAAGAAUGAAAAGAACUUCCUCGAGACGUUGAUGGACUCAUCAAUCGAGAACAGCAUGAACAAGCCACUGUUCCAAGCUAUCAAGGUCUGGAUCGAUUGCAACAUAGGCAUAGACCUCACCUAUCUGGUUUGGGCUAUUGCUUUAUGCAUUCCCGCUCGCACAUACGGCAAGGCAACAUAUGACUGGCUCAGUUCGAACCUCACAAACUCACUCGAGCUCGACAGUAGCGAUGCGCUGGUCACCGACCUUUUGAUGUGGAUCAGCAAGCAACCAUCCAACCAGCUGUUCGCCUGGCUUCCGACUUUCGAACAUUUGGAGUGGAAAGAUUUGUCGCAUGAGCAAAAGACCGCCAACAAUGAUGAGAGCAACUCUCACCACCUCAUAGCUUCUGCUGGCUACACUCCUUUCUUCCACGAAGGCGUACCAUUCCUGCUGUACAAACCGGAUGGCCGAGGCUACGUCAACAAACUCACGUUACGCUGCAUGUGGGGCAGUAAAAAGCCCAUUGAAGCCUUGCUGAAAGCCGUUCAUAAGACUGUCAGCGGCCAGAUGACGUCUCUGAGUGUCCGUUACGUCUCUGCCCAUCGCACUGUAAACCAUACUUCGAGGAAACGUAGUCUUGAGACGAUUGACAUGAAUCCGCUCAAGAAACAAGAGCUUCUGACUGAUCUCCAAGUGUUCUUUGCCGAUGGGACGGAGGACUAUUACUACCAGAAUGGAACACCAUACCGGAGAGGUUACUUAUUCUAUGGUCCGGCUGGCACAGGCAAGACCAGCUUGUCUACCGCGAUUGCGAGUCACUACAAUUUGCCGCUUUGCGUCAUCGACCUUGCUGGCAUGGACGACACCCUUUUGCAGAAUCAUGUGAAAAAUCUGCCCGCUCGCUGCGUCAUCCUCUUCGAAGACAUUGACGCUGCGGGCGUUGUCCGUGAACGCACCAUGGCGCUGCCGCCUUUGGAAGAAGAAGAAGAAGAUAAUGACGAUGAGGAGGACGAGGACGAGAGUAGUUCAGAGUCCAUCAGCUCAUGGAAUGCAAGGCCGAAGAAGAAGAAGCGUAGGAAUGUGGAUUCUAGAAAGAAGAAGUCACCGCCUCCGCCGCCUCCCCCGUCGAGGACAAAGGUCACUCUAAGUGGUUUGCUUAACACUCUAGAUGGACCUGGAUCGCGAGAAGGCCACAUCGUCAUCUUGACAACAAACGCUCCCGAUUCAUUGGACGAAGCUUUGUAUCGCCCAGGUCGUGUAGACACCCAAGUGUAUCUCGGUUUCGCUGAUGACAUCACUGCUGGCAUCACAUUCACACGCAUCUUUGGCAGCGAUAAGCAGGUAACUGUGCCGCGGAAAGAGCUCAACCGCAUGGGCCGCCGCUUUGGGCGCAUGAUACCCUCCGACUUCUUUACUCCCGCUGAGAUUCAGAAGUUCUGCAUGAACAGACGUGGUCAGCCACAAAAGGCACUCAAUGAGUUUCCCCAGUUCAUCGACGAAAAGCGAACGGGAAAGACGAACUUCCAGUACGACAUCCACCGACGUGCCCCGCAACCCACGUUUCAAAAGAAGGAAGACGUACGGGACGAUGACUCCAGCGGUGAGGGUCAGGACACUCCCAGCAGUACUGAUGAGUCUGCCGAAGACGUCAAACAACUGAAACCUGGAUCGCCCCAUGCAUCAUCGACGAAGUCGCCCUCUGCAGCACGGCGAAGGAAGUACGUGGUGGAGCAGCUGCACAUAACUCAUAGCAGUCACAAGUCCGAAGACGAUGCUUUGGCAUACGGCGAUUAUUAUCCGAGACGAGGUCAACAAGUUUGGGAGGACCGUCUAGCCGACAGUGUUGCCAAUGCGUGCCUGGAGAUCAAGGGGUUCUUUACUGAAUCACGGCAUCCGUCGCACGGAAACAGUCUGCGUGCAAAUCGGAUUGAAGAGAUGAGCAUGCCCAAUCUUGACCCACGCGUGACCGCGCCGUCACCACUCACUCAGUCCAACCUUGAUGCAAUGUCGCUUGACGAACCUCCAGCGGCAUCGCCAUCUCCGAUCGACUUAAGAGACUCAUCUGUGUACUACACGCCUCUAUCGGUUGGCGAACAGAUUGAGAAGACUUUUCAGCAUCACCGCCGGCCCAGUCAUCCAGAAGUACUUGGUCGUCCUAAUGCUUACCCGUAUGACGGGGCCGUGGCGGAAGUAGCCGAAGGUAAUGCCUGGGAGGAUGAAGUCUCGCCAGCGCCUGAUACAAUGUUACUUCGUAAUUUAGACCCACAGCCGUUGGAGGAUCUCGAGCAGCACUGGAACUGA